UUGUAGAGAGAGAGAGAGAGAGAGAGAGGAGGUGGAGACACACACAUACCUAUACAAGUGUUCAGUAUUGAUAUACAGGCCUUUUCGUUCAUAUUCAAUAUAACUUUCAUUCUAGCCAGGAUUAUUAUCGCUCGAACAGCUGGGAUUCCGUUGGUCCAUUUUAACGGCUUAUUUUGUUCGUUUCCGUUUCGGUCUUUUCUGGUUUCUGUUGGAUCUUUAGUGUCUGGCUAGCGAGCACAGCUAACCGCAGCUAGCCGGAUAAAUCUCCUCUUUCCUUGGCCUCAGGAGCCCAGUACACUCACAGAAUGGCAUUAAAACGAAUUCACAAGGAGCUGACUGAUCUGGGCCGGGACCCCCCAGCGCAGUGCUCAGCAGGGCCGGUUGGAGAUGACUUGUUUCAUUGGCAAGCAACAAUUAUGGGACCUAAUGACAGUCCUUAUCAAGGGGGUGUGUUUUUCUUGACCAUUCAUUUUCCUACAGACUACCCUUUCAAACCACCUAAGGUUGCUUUCACCACAAGAAUUUAUCACCCAAAUAUUAACAGUAAUGGCAGCAUCUGUUUGGAUAUUCUAAGGUCACAGUGGUCUCCUGCGUUAACUAUCUCUAAAGUUCUAUUGUCCAUCUGCUCACUGUUAUGUGAUCCAAACCCAGAUGAUCCAUUAGUGCCAGAGAUAGCACGUAUCUAUAAAACAGACAAUGAAAAGUAUAAUAAACUAGCCAGGGAAUGGACAGAGAAAUAUGCCAUGUUAUAGGGGUUAAGGUACAACAGAAUAGCUCGGGAAUGGACUCAAAAGUACGCCAUGUGAUACCCGAGGAACAUCAGACCAAUCUGCAGUUUAGCUGGAAAAAG